GGUGGGCUAGCUGAGCAAGCAGGUGGCCCUGUAGCCUUGCGUGGAGGCCGCCCUGGAGAGGUACACACCGGCCCUGCAGUGCCCUGCCGCCCUCCGCACAGCAGCGAGCAGCAGGUGAAGCAGCAGCAGGCGCGGGAGAGCGUGAGUGUGAAGCUCCGUCAGCUGAGGUAGCAGCUGCCAAGGACCGGAGCCAUGGCUUCCGUGGAGCCGCAGAAGAAAGCGGCCAGGAGAAGCUGUUUCAUUUUUGCUGGGGUUGAGGAAAUCCUUCUGGGUGUGGAGACACUGUCGCUGUGGGGAGAUCGCCAGCAAGGCAGCUCUAUAAAUCUUGACUUGCUUUUGUCCUGGACCUGAUUUAGAAGAAUCAGGAGCCACGGCAGCGGCAGCGAGCGAUCGGGCCAAGAGGAGCCUCGGGCGCCGCCUCACCUCCCGGGCCGCGCAUCCGCAGCACCUCAGCCCGCAGCACCGCGCCUCUGCAGGACCCAGGUGCCCGCCGGGCCCCUGCCCGCUGAGCCCCGGCCCCUGGCGCCCACCUCAGCACCGCGGACAGCUCCCUGGCCCCGCUUGCAGCGGACUUCCCACCCGUUCACCGAGUCAGCACCGCGGACAGCCCAUCCUCGACCCACCCCCAGUUUAGGAGCAGCCGGAGCAUCCCGGAAUAUGGCCACCGAGGUCCACAAUCUGCAGGAGCUCCGGCGAAGUGCCUCGCUGGCCACCAAAGUCUUUAUCCAGAGAGACUACAGCGAUGGGACAAUCUGCCAGUUCCAGACCAAAUUCCCCCCUGAGCUGGACAGCCGGAUCGAGCGGCAGCUCUUCGAGGAGACCGUGAAGACCCUCAAUGGCUUUUAUGCCGAGGCUGAGAAGAUCGGGGGCAGCUCGUAUCUAGAGGGCUGCCUGGCGUGCGCCACGGCCUACUUCAUCUUCCUCUGCAUGGAGACCCACUAUGAGAAGGUUCUGAAGAAGAUCUCUCGCUACAUCCAGGAGCAGAACGAGAAGGUCUUUGCGCCUCGGGGCCUCUUGCUCACGGAUCCCGUGGAGCGCGGGAUGAGGGUUCCCAGAUCGAGAUCUCCAUCUACGAGGACCGGUGCAGCAGUGGCAGUUCCAGCAGCGGCAGCAGUAGUGGCAGUGGGAGCAGCAGCGCCGGGGGUGGCGGAGCAGGGACCCGGUGACUGGCCGAGAGUCCCUGCAGGGAGGUGUACGGCCGCAGCGAGGGCCUUGCAGACCUGCGGCGGCUGCGCUACCAAAGCACCCGCUUCUGAGUCAUUCUCUGGGUCCUGCCCUGCUUCCCUGACAUGGGAGUGAGGGUGGUCCCCCGCCCCCAGCAGGACCCCUACUUCCUGACUGGGGCCUUUCUUUCCCUGUGGGGCUGGUCAGUGUCACUCAGGGCCAGGCCUUCCUAGGGCAGGCCAGGGUGGAGAAAACAGUUAGGGCAGCCUUUUCUUCUGCAGCUCUUUUUCCUUCCCCAAUACCCUGAAGAGGGUCCAGAGACUUCCCACCUCGCAUGAUUCCUUACCCCAAAGCCCAUGGCCACCAGGACUCUCUCUUGCUCUCUGUGACUGUUCCCCAGGGUCAUCUCUUUCUGGCCACCAUGGAGAACCCCUCUGCCUGUCCAUGAUCCUGCCUCUGGGGAAUCAGAGGUCUGGGGAGAUGCACGCUGUGGUGGGGAGCAGUUACGCCGCUCCCGACUCCUCCUAGAUCUGCGCUUUUCCUGUCUUCCACCUGGAGCUAGAGGCCAUCUCAGCCUUGCCAAGCAACAGCCAACUCUGAGACUUUGCAGUGGACCAGGGACUGGUUGUGGGGUGCACAGCUUGGGGCUCUGGGAGCUUCUAUGGGGGCCUGCGGCGAGUCUCUGCACAGAGAUGUAGCUGUGAGGAGUUUGAACUUUCUGGGCCAGAGCCAGUGUUCAGAUACCAGAACCUGUGUGAGUGCGUGUGUUUCCACGUGAGUGUAUGAGCACGCACAUAGGUGAAUGUGCUUGUGUGCAUGUUGUACAAAUGUGUGAACGUGCAUGUGUGAAAACACCCACGAGUGUACGCAUCUGCGAGUGUGCGGGAUGAGUCCCCAGAUGUGCGCAGAGGCAUGUUUAUCUGAGUGAGCGCGGGUGUGAACGUUCUCAUGAAGACGUGCACAAGGGCACUGUGCAGGGGCCGGUUUAAGUGCACGUGGACACGAAUGCACACGUAUGGAUGGAAAUGUCUGCGUGCGUGCAUGCACGAGUCUGAGAAUGACUGUGUGCUUCCUUGGGUGCUGUACUGACCACUCCCCCGAGUCCUGCUUUGUCUCAUUCCAUGGUGGUCUGCAGUCUCUUGUGUGGGUCCAGCCGAUGCUGUGAGUCAAUGCUCUAGAGCCCCCUGCUCUUUACCUAGGCUGCCUGUGUGACUCUUCCUCCUGGUUUCUCUCCCACCUUCUGAUUCCCCUGUGUACUUUCUAGCAGAAGAUAAGAUAGGGUCCUAGGAGAGCAGAGCCAGCCUUUCGGUGGCUUUUGGUGCCCCUCUCCCAGCCCCACAGUGGGACAGUGAGCUGCAGAUGCUGCAUGCCCAGCCUGCCCAGUGCUCUCAGGCUGUGACAUGAGGCUCCUUGGACAUUCCAAAGAGCCAGCAACCUGCAGACUCUCCUUGCAAGGAAAGGGGUGUCCAGUCAGCAGGGCUCUGGCUGCUGAGGCCCAGGGGAGCUGGUGAGAAGGCAGCAGCCUGGUGCAGUCCCCCGAAGUUGGGCAGAAGGGGGCUGCCUGCCUCAGCUGGCAGGAGGUGCUAGGGGUGGCUAUGGAACACCAGCCCCUUCGGGUAGUUUUCUGGAACCAAAGAGGGGCCUAGUUGUCCACUGGACUUUCUUAUGUGGGAGCAGGAGCCUCCCCAGAGGGCUGGAGAAGAGUGGCCCACCCCCGAGGCCUCAAGGGACCUGCACCUCAGUGAGUUCGGGUGCAAGGACCCCCCAGAGAGCGGCAGCCCGGUGGUAUCCACUGCAGCCCCUGACCCCCAGCUGUUGUCCAUGCCUAUUUGGCCCUCUGGGUCACUGGGCCUU